UAUAUUUAGAAUCCGUGUAUAAAAACCGAGACUCGGUAAACUACUAGCAAAAUUUCCAGGUUACUUCAUACAGACACUGAUAAUACGCAAUAAAACCAUGAUGGGUGGAUCAACCAAUAAUGUUAAAAUCAUAUCAUCGAUCCAUCACCAUGGACUUCACUCGUGUAAACCAUUCAAUGUGAUAACCUUAAUCUAUAGGGUAUUUGAGAGGUACAAGAAAACAUGACGAUAAAUCCGCCUGUUGAAGGGUGUUAUUUGUUCCAAAAUCAAUCAUUAGGAAACGAAUCUAUGAAAUCAAAGAUGGCCGACCAGUCACGUCUGGCAAGUUUCUAUUCAUACCCUUAUCCAUCUGAAGUAGGUGCAUUUGUGCUGGCAGAGGCAGGCUUUCAUUACGAAGGACAAAAUGAUGAGGUAGUGUGUCGUCAGUGUGGACUCAGGUACAGUGGAUGGCAAAAGGGGAAUGAUCCCAAAUGUAUACAUCUGAAGAAAUCUCCCAAUUGUCCAUUCUUUCAAACAAGUGAAUCUGAAGCUGGUAUUGACGGAGACAACUCUGAGAAAGCACUGAUGUCCGGUGCAUGUGGUGGAGCAAACGACACGUCAGUAGAACGAGGAACUGAGGACAAGAUGCAGCAACACUCAAAUACCAAUAAAUAUCCGGCUGACAUAGGAUUUCAGGAUUCAAACCUAACAGAAGCCACCAAAGAAAUACUGAAACCUACAAACGAGUUAGAAUCUUCUGUUAAGAUCCAAAACCAAAGUGGUGAAGAUGCAGGUCAAAAUAAACCAGACAAUUCUAUGAAGGAGGAAAAUAUGGCAAAUGCACCGGCACAAUCUCGUAUCGCCAAAUCAAUGUAUGACAAGGAAACGCAACUAGAACAACACCAGGCUGAGCACGUUUCAAGUCCAGAAGAUACAGCUCCUUCAGACGAGACACAGACAGUAGAAUCACGUGAUCAAAGUGGCAGAGGAAACAUGUAUAAUACAAGUCAUGAUUCUAUUAGUCAUACUAGGACCAACGAAACUUCGACUGGAACACUAGAGACAGUCUCACCGAAGUAUGAGCAGUUCUCUGUACUCGCCACCCGUCUUAACUCAUAUAGACACUGGCCAAAGCAUCUCAAACAACGUCCCGAGGACUUGGCUAAAGCUGGUCUCUUUUAUGAAGGAACAAACGACUACGUGAGAUGCUUCCACUGCGCAGGCGGAUUACGUGAAUGGGACCCGGAAGAUGAUCCUUUUUAUGAGCAUGCGCGCUGGUUCCCUUUUUGUCCGUUCAUGAAACUGAUCAAGGGCGACAAGUACAUAAUGGGUGUCCAGUCUGGAACAAUCAAACCACCUGAUGUACAGCGCGAUGAGUCCAGACAAGAGAUCGACAUGUUUGAACAUCCAGCUGUACUCAGCGUCAUGGAACUGGGCUACAAUAAAGCCAUUCUGACAAAGGCGAUUACAGCGUACAGGAAACGUCACGGCACGGAUUUGUGUGCUGAGAAGCUUUUGCCUAUCGUCUGGGAAAUAGAGGAAAAUGAUGACAUGGAUGUCAUCCCAGAAGACGACAUUACAGAAACCAAACAGGCCGAUCAUAAUCAAGAGGAAAGGGAAUGUGAAAGUACAAGUGAAGAUACUGAACUCACGAAGAAAGGUAUUGAUGAGCUUACAGAGGAAAAUCAAGAACUUCGCGAACAAAAGAUAUGUAAGGUGUGUCUCGACGAGGAGGCUAGUAUUGUGUUCCUGCCUUGUGGACAUUUGGUCACGUGUCCCAUGUGUGCCUCGGCCUUACGGAAGUGUCCAGUUUGUCGGACUUACAUCAGAGGCACGGUCAAGGCUAUCAUAUCGUAAGCAAUUGUGCGAUCGAGCAACACUCAGCUCAAAAACGUGCACAAGUGAGCAUUACCUACAGCAGAAUUGAACAUGUGAGCAAUGCGAAACACAUUCAUCGUCAGAUCGAAAUGCAGAGGAUCACAGCUGACCUUGAAUGUACAACGGAUCAUCAGGUCAUCGAAAGCUACACACGUUUAACGAGAUAUUCUGUCGUAGAUGGAACAUUAACAACCAAGAAAUAUAUUGUGUUUGGGAAUUAAUUAAAUGAUAGAUAUUACUGGGACCGUUGUUUAAUAUUU